AUGCCUAAUUUUGCUGGCACCUGGAAGAUGAAAAGCAGUGAGAAUUUUGACGAGUUGCUCAAGGCACUGGGUGUUAACGCCAUGCUGAGGAAGAUCGCUGUGGCGGCCGCUUCCAAGCCUCACGUGGAGAUCCGGCAGAAUGGCGAGGAAUUCUACAUCAAGACUUCCACCACGGUCCGCACCACAGAAAUCAACUUCCUCGUUGGCGAGGAGUUCAACGAGGAGACCGUGGAUGGAAGAAAGUGUAAGAGUCUGGCCACCUGGGAGACAGAAAACAAAAUGUACUGCAAACAGACUCUCCUGAGCGGCAACGGGCCAAAAACCUUCUGGACCAGAGAGCUCAGAGGGGAUGAACUCAUACUUACUUUUGGAGCUGACGAUGUGGUGUGCACAAGGAUCUACAUGCGAGCGUAG